AUGAGAGCGAAGGGCCCACAGCACAAGCCGGUCCUCCGCACCGCCCAGCCCCGCUGCCGGGCACCGGCUGGAAUUCCCUGCAAGGGAGACUCCUCCUUCCUGCCCGGUGGGGUGGGUGCAGUCCUCGGGGGUCCCCGAGUUAUACACAGGAACUGGGGGUACUGCCUGGCCAAGGAGCCACCUCACAGCUCCGGGCUGCAGGCCAAGGGCAGGCCCUUGUUUAUCCCCCAGUGGACGCUGCCAGACCGGGCUGGGGCUGCUGAGGCCCGGGGCGCGGGGGUGAAGGGUGCAGAGGCCUGGGCCUCCCCAGCUUCGGCUCCGACUGGUCCUCCCCCGGGUGUCUCUGGCCACUCUUCGAAGGUCCGAGGAAGCAACCUUCCAGCCUCGGGGAAAGAACAGCCUGGAAGCGCCGGCUUCGGGCCACACAGGGCGGAUCUGAUGAGCCUCCGGGGCACCUGCCCUGAGCCACACCCGGCCCCUUCAGGCCCCCCACCCCCGGUGGCCCUGAGUCCAUCUCUGCUCAUGGAGGCCCAGGCUGAGGUCUCCAGGGUCCCUCCCCGAGGUUGCGCCUUCGGGCUGCAGCUCCAUCCCCAGCGUCUCCGGCUGCCGCCCCUCCCCCGUGGCAUCGGCAGCCUGCGUAGCCGAAGAAAGAAUGUGACACUUGGCUCGCUAGGGGUCGGCACUGCCCGAUGGGGCACAGGAGCUCCAGAGGGCCUCAGCGUCCUGGAGCCGCGAGCCGGGUCCUUCCCGCCGCUCGGCCGCGACCGGGCCGGAGGGGGGCUCUGCAACCCCCGCGAAGAGCUCCAGCGGCGCGGGCGCUGCUCCCUCUCCGCCCCGACCAGGGGAUGGGGGUUCCAGAAUAUGGGGGCGCAGCUCUCGGCCCGUUCGGGGGCCGCGGCUGCCACCGUGCACUUGAAGGCAGUACCCCCGGGUCCCCGCCCAGCCCGCCUGUCCCUCUCUGCGCGCUCCGGAAAGUUUCGGGGUCCCCGCGGCGCCUCCGAGCCUGGAGGGUCCGGAGCCCCGUUGCUUCGGGCCGCGGCGUCGGAGAGGGAAGUUUGUCCGGCCCGGGCUCCGGGCCGCCAACUUCGGGUGCGCACACCUCGGAAGCCGGGGGGUGCGGGGGGGUGUACCCCGGAGCCACGGACCUUACGCACCGCAACCGGAGCCCCACGGGCGGGAGGGAGUCAGGCCUCGGCGCGGCGGACGCGGGAGGACGAGGCUGAGCGAGCCGCCGGGGACCCCGCGCCCGCCCCUCGGCCCCCACCCAAAGAAAGCCGCCUCCCCGCCUCCCCCAGGGGCGGGAACCCCCGGCCCCGCGGCUGCGACAGAGGGAGCCCCCGGCGCAGCCCCGGCAGUCCCCUUCCUACCUGGGGGGCGCGGGGCCGGCGGGCGGCACGGUCACGGGCGAGCGGCGCGCGCGCCAGGUCCCCGCGCGGCGGCGGCUCGGCUCGGUGCUCCUCCUCCUCCUCCGGGCGCGCGGCCCGGCGGCGCCCCCUCCCCCCGGCCGCCGGGCUGGCCUCGGCCUGCGCCGGGAGCGAGGACCGGCGGGCCCGGGGCUGCGGCGCUCACUGCGUCAAGCGCGGGGAGGCGGCGGGGACCGCGCGCUGCGAGCCCCGGGCCGCCCGGGCAGGCGGGCAGUGGCCGCGCCGGGGACGCCGAGGGCCGGGCGGCGCGGGCGCGGGCGUGGUGGCGGCGGCCGCGGCGGCGCCGAGCUGGCCCCCCGACCGCGCCAAGGCUGCCCUUCGGGGCCGAAGCCCCGGGAGGUCCAGGGAUCGGGCUUUGGGUGGCGAGAGCGUCCCCACCCCCAGUCUCCUCCCGAACCCCAAGGGAUCAGAAAUCGCUCCCUCGGCCAGCCCCGGUGCCCUUCGCAACCUCUCCCUGCCCGAGCCCUCGCGGAGCGGAAACCCUGUCUCCCAGGGCGGCGCCCCAAGCCCACCGCCCCUUCCCCGGCCUGCGCGGUGUAGAAAUCCCAAAUCAGGCUCAAGGGCGCCCUCGCCCGGCUCUGGCCUGACCGCUCCUUCCCGACCCGCCGCCUCCCGGGCUGGGGAGCCCCGGACCCCCGCAGUCCUGGCGGCGCGGGGUGCGACCCUGUGGGCGCCGCUGCCUGCGGCGCGCCCGGCCCCACAGCCCCGCAGGCCCGCAGGCCCGCCCCGCCGCGCCGAGGAGGAGGGAAAGCCGUGCGGCAGUGAGCGCGGCCUAAGGACGGGGCUGCUGGGCCGGGGGGCCUGUCCCCUGGAGUCCCCGUCGCGGAGGAGGCUCCCGGGACAGGGGUGGGUGUGGCGCGCCGGGCGGCGAGCAACGGGGCCCAAGGCUGUGGGGCUGAGAAGGGGCACUCGGGGGCCCAGUCCGUCCUGA